AACAUUCGACGCGUCCCAACACGCAGCGUCAUCCCAACAGGACAGCAGCUCACCUUUAUCAACACACAAGUGAACCAUUGUUUUACAGCCGCCAACAUGAGCACCAAGGAGGUUUCAACACUGACCCUCGCCGGCGCGCGCGUCGCGCUCGAAGCUGCAGAGGCACGAGCCAAGGAAAUCGAAGUCCCGAUGAACAUUGCCAUUGUGGAUAACGCCUGCCAUCUUCUCGCAUUCGCACGCAUGGAAGGCGCUAAAUUCACUUCAAUCAACACUGCCAUCGACAAAGCUUUUACUGCGGCUGGCCAUCGCGCUCCAACUUCCAUCUACAAAGACGUCGUUUGGCCUGGCGGUCCCGCUUUCGGCAUCAAUCACAGCAACGGAGGCCGAUUUAUGACGAUUGCAGGUGGAGUUCCGAUCAAGAAAGACGGAAUCGUUGUUGGAGCUAUAGGAUGUAGUACUGGGACGCCGAGUCAAGACGAGGAUGUUGCGAGUAAGGGAGUGGAGGCUGUGGAGAAGAGCUACGGGGUUAAGGCUAAACUUUGAGGAGUGCGCUACUUUUUAUCUUAGAUGGGACUGAUAGUUCAGGAGUGAACUACUUCUUCUCGCCUUUCCCUAACCUUUCCAAAUGCAUAGUUACAUUGAUUGCGGAGCUAAGCAGGGAGACGUUGAUCAU